GGUGACGGAAUGGCUUCAUGUUUGUGCCAGCUGUCGUGCCCUUUCGAGGGGAACAGCUCGGAGGGCGUAGGUUGAAUAUAAACACGAGAUACCCUGGACAACCAGUCCUUCGAGACACUUGCUUGCCCACCUAUUUCAUUUUUGUGACCUCACAAGAGCUCCAUCCAUAUACCCAUAUUCGAGCUCCACCAGCUUCUUUCUGCUCUUCCUUUGUUGCCAGCUCGAAUCAGUACCAGGAGUCUGAGAGGAAUUCACGAGCAUCAAUACCGCCAUCAUGUCUACCACCGACAACAAGGACUUCGCCACGGAGGCUGCUCCAGUCGUCAACAACACCCAGAGCACGACUGAGCUCGCUCCAGAGGAGGGCGUUGGUGGCCAUGGACGAGGGAGAGGAAGCUUUGGUGCCAUCGAGGUGCCAGCUACCAGAAGCAGCAUCGCUGAUGCUACGCCAUUUAUGCACCAGCUCUCCCUCUCACCCUCUCAGAAGGACCGACGAGGCUCAAGGAACUCUUUCGGAGCAGCCCUGCCAAUCCCACGUUCAAAGCGUCAAUCCCGACUUUCAUCGAUAGCUUACGCAGAUGGCAAGCCACAAAGGCCGGGCAUGCCGCCCAUCCAGCCAACUCGUGAGAUUUUGGCUAGCCAAGUGCAGGAUAUGUCGAGCCAAAAGGUGAAGGCAGCCAAGGACAUGGCAUUCGUUUUCGACAUCGAUGGUGUGCUUGUCCACGGAGAUCGAUUAAUUCCUGAAGGCCAGCGAGUCCUGGAAAUCUUGAACGGAGACAACGAGCUCGGCAUCAAGAUCCCACACAUCUUCCUCACAAACGGUUCUGGAAAGCCUGAGCAAGCUCGUGUAGACCAGCUCUCGAAAAUCCUGCACAACCCCAUCAGCACCGAGCAAUUCAUUCAGUCACACACGCCCAUGUCCGCUCUUGCAGAAUACUACAAGACUGUUCUCGUAGUUGGAGGCGAGGGCUACAAGUGCCGAGAGGUCGCAGAGCAGUACGGCUUCGAAGAUAUCGUCGUGCCCAACGACAUCAUCGCCUGGGAUCCAACUAUCGCUCCCUACCGAGUCUUCACUGACGCCGAGCGAGCGACAUCCCGCCCUCGUGACUUCUCCAAGCACCGCAUCGAUGCCAUCAUGGUCUUCUCCGACUCUCGCGAUUAUGCCACAGACAUGCAAAUCAUCAUGGAUCUCCUGCAAUCCGAGAACGGCCUCUUCGGUACACGCGCCAAGGACCCAGUCUCGCAGCGUAUUCCCAUCUACUUCUCGCAAGGUGACUUGCUGUGCCCUACCGAGCACCCUUACCCGCGUAUGUCGCAAGGUACUUUCCGUAUCGGCCUGGAGGCUAUGUACAAAGCCUUGACCGGAGAGGACCUCGAGCGUGUCGUCUACGGUAAGCCUGAGUUGGCGACAUACAAGUAUGCCGACGAGGUGAUUGCCAGCUGGAUGGAGACGAUCCACAACGAGGAGAAGUUGCCCAAGAACAUUUACAUGGUUGGUGACAACCCCGCUUCGGAUAUCGUCGGAGGUAACAUGUAUGGUUGGAACACAUGUCUUGUCCGCACUGGUGUCUUCCAAGGUGGCGAGAAUGACGAGAACAACCCAGCUAACUUUGGCGUGUUCACCAAUGUGCUCGAGGCUGUGCAGACGGCUAUCAAGAAGGAGCUUGGUGAGGAGUUCAAGUUCAAGUGGUCUGAUGAGAACGUCAACCCUCUGAAGCUUGAAGCCGCCGCCGCUGCUAUCGAGUAGGCAAUUUGGUGACGUGUCUUGAUGCGCAAGAUCUUGCAUUGAUGAACAAAAAGGCGUUGUUGGGCAUUUCUUCGACUUCAACAUGAUGAGGCAUAUCAUAGCAUAUUCGCGCAGGCGCAGGGCUAGAUGGGGCGGUUAGUAACUAGUUGGUUAGUCGGUCUACGGAUGGCUGUUCACGAAUGGCAGCGAAACGACGUUAUUUCAUGCG